AUGAGGAACAAAAUGUUGUCGAAGAAGAAGUCCCAGGCGUACCUGCCGAGCCCGACAACAAUAAUGUCAAUCAACAGCAAGAACAACAAGAAGAAGAAUAAGAACAACAACAAGGACUUCAGCAACUACAACAAGGAUUUCAACAACAACAAUAACAAGGGCACGACCACGGGCAACCAGCGUUCAACUUCGAGGGAAUUCGACGUCAGCUACCCGAAGAAGAAGACGUUUCCCUAA